GUUUCUGAGUGACGGUUUUCCUUUUCUCGUUUCUCCGUCCUGAAUCAACCUCUCCGCAGAAAAGAAACUCCGAUGCAGUUUCACACCUGACGACUGAUUAUUGCUUAAGCUCCUGAAUUGAUCUAUCGACUAACUCAACUCCAUCAUCGUCAAAAACAAGAGAUAGAACACCAGAUCUCGGAGCACUCUUCUUCUCUCCCGGUUCCUGAGGGGAGAAACGGGGGAGAAGAGAUCUCCAAUUCCGCCAUUGACGAAUCUCCUAAAGAAGAAAAGGCAAUGCCUCCAAUCUUUGAGUACUUCGUUGUGUGUGGGAUCGGACCGGAGAUUCGAAACAUUGAUGGAAUCAAAGGUUACCAUGGCCCUGGCUGCAUGUAUACUCCUUCACUCCUCGACCAGUAUCCUCCUCCGACUCACACUCUCUAUCCUCCUCCGCCUCCUCAGCUUCCCACUUGUGUUCUACCUGCUGGUGUUGCGUUCCAUGCAUCAGGAUUUGAUUCCAACGAUCCUUCCACGUUUCCGAGGAGCUAUCCGAUGGUUUUGACUGAGGGUGAUGGUUCUAAAAUCUAUGUUAGCUGCAUUUCUUUCCGAGAUCCAGUUUGUGAGGAUAUCGCAGAGGCUUACCGUAUACAGGCAAAUUCAUAUGCUGACAAAUGCAUCUGUCUAGUUUCACGCUUGCCAAGUUUCCGUCUACUUCGGAGUGCUCUGGAGGAGAUAUUUGCACUGUGUUUUUCUCCGAAUGGAACUAGUAAACCACUAUGGGAUGUCAUAGCACAUAUGGUGUCCAAUGUGCCUUUGCCAACUCCUGGAAAGGAGCGAGUGCUGUUUGCUAUUGAGAAUUGUCUGCUUUCUGCUGAGGCUCCACCAACUGAUGGGCUUCCCCAUGCUGAUAUAUCAUUUCAGCCUCUGGUGCAGUGCUUGGAUGUUGACAACUUAAUACAACUUUUUACAGCCGUGUUGCUUGAAAGGAGGAUUUUGCUUCGAGCUAACAAGUAUUCACUUCUAACUCUUGCAUCUGAGGCCAUUUGUCACUUAAUCUACCCAUUCCGAUGGCAGCAUGUAUACAUUCCGUCACUAUUCUUCAAAGGAGUAGAUUAUAUUGAUGCUCCUACACCAUAUAUGAUGGGCCUCCAUUCGUGUGUUGAUACCUCUGCACAGGUCAUGGAUGGUGUGGUGGUUGUUGACCUCGAUUAUAAUCGUAUUACUACAUCAGAGGAAAUUCCACCUAUUCCCGAGCCAGAAUACAGCUUCUUGCGUGGUGAGGUAAUCAAGUUAUUAUACCCCAAUGUAAUUGGAAUUGAUGAAUUGAAGGCUGGAAUAUAUAGUGUAUCUGAGCAUUAUACUAAAUUUGCGGCUAAGCAAUGGGGAGCGGAUCAUGACCUUCAGUUAAGGAUGAUAUUCUUAAAGUUCUUUGCAACACUUUUAAGUGGCUAUCGGAAUUUCCUAGAAAAUAGUUCCACUCAGGUCUUCAAUACUCAAGCUUUCUUGAAGAAACGGUCUCGAGCUACGAACCAACCACCAGAGCCAAUGAUAGCUCAGUUCCUUGAUUCUCAUGGUUUCUUGGAUUAUUUGGAGAGAGGGGUAGGUUCUGAUGAAAACAACAAUAACCUGCUUGAUAAGCUACAGGAUGCAAUUGGAAGGGGUCAAAACCCUAUGUCAAUUCUUCCUUCACCUUUGGUAGAGCCUGAGAUCUUAACAAUAUCAGAUUUUGAUGCUGGAAUGUCAGGAUCUGGUGCCAAUUAUACCUAUGAUAGAUUUCCUGCAAUCAGCAGAACAGAAGAGGAAGAAGAAAAUAGGAGGGAUAUUCUUUCAGCAGUUAGUAAUGCCUAUGAGUACUCAGGAAGACAUACUCCAAGUAAGGAUCUGUUAGCAGAUGGUCUUAGUCCACUUGAGAGGGCGGCUGAAAGGGACAGAAUGGUGCUGGAUAUUAAGGUUAAGCUGCAGGGUUUAUGGCUGCGGCUUCUCAAAUUGGGAGCAACAGAUGAUCCUCUCGCCUCCUUUGAAUAUGGAACAAUACUUGCUUUGAUUGAAUCUGACGCAGAGGGGAUUGGUGGUAGUGGAUUUGUUGAAUGCAUAAGCGAGCAUAUACAUUCAGGUUGGAGCUGUCAGCUCACUGAAGAACAGUUUAUUGCAGUGAAAGAAUUGCUCAAAACAGCUAUAAAUCGUGCAACCGCACGGAAUGACUUGCCAACCAUUAGAGAUGCUCUUGAAGUUUCAUCUGAUAUGUAUAAGAAAGACAAUAACAAUGUGCCAGACUAUGUGCAACGACAUCUUAUUUCUCUUUCUAUUUGGGAUGAGCUGCGGUUUUGGGAAGGAUAUUUUGACUAUUUAAUGGAGCAAUCUUCAAACAAAUCAGCAAACUAUGCAUCUCUUGUGACAGCACAGCUUGUGGUGUUGGCAUCACACAUGGCUGGGCUGGGACUUCCUGAUAAUGAUGCUUGGUACAUGAUUGAAACAAUUGCAGAGAGGAACAGCAUUGGAUCCAAGCAAUUUAUAAAAAUCAGAGGGUUCUUGUCUCAUAUCCAGCAACUACGCAAUGGAUAUUGGGGAGUCACAUCAUUUAAGGCACAGUCUAUGUCAUCCCUUGCAUUACCAUCCCCACAUUCAAAAGAUUCCAAAGAUGAUGGCCAGCAACCUGCCGAGGGAACUGGUGUUGGUAGAAGCUGGGUGCAAAGUAUGUUCACCCGAAAUACUUCAUCUAGAUCCAGCUUUAGUCGUAAAUGGACGUCUGAUGGGGGCAAUUCAGCUGCACAAGAGAAUGGCACUCCUCGGAAACAUGAUCUUUCAACUGGUGGGCAGAAGAAGCUUCAAACAAAUGUCCGCAUACUUAGGGGUCAUAAUGGUGCCAUUACUGCUCUCCAUUGUGUUACAAAGAGAGAGGUGUGGGAUUUGGUGGGUGACCGUGAAGAUGCUGGUUUCUUUAUUAGCGGAAGCACAGACUGCUCAGUAAAUUAUAUAUAUAUUAUUUCUUUUGUUCUUAACAUCUCUGGAUAUAUAUUUAUGGGCAACCUUGCUUCUGGAUUCAAAUGUAGAACUAUCCGUGCCAUAAAUUCAGAUAGGGGGAAAGUGGUGUCAGGAUCUGAUGAUCAGUCUGUUUUGGUGUGGGAUAAGCAAACAACUCAACUUCUGGAAGAGCUUAAAGGCCAUGAUGGACCGGUCAGCUGUGUGCGCAUGCUCUCCGGAGAACGUGUCCUAACUUCAUCGUAUGAUGGUACUGUGAAGAUGUGGGAUGUUAGAACUGAUAGAUGUGUUGCAACUGUUGGUCGUUGCUCUAGUGCUGUUUUAUGCAUGGAAUAUGAUGACAAUGUGGGACUCUUGGCUGCUGCUGGAAGAGAUGUGGUUGCGAGCAUAUGGGACAUUCGUGCUAGUAGACAGAUGCAUAAACUUUCAGGACAUACACAAUGGAUAAGGUCCAUAAGAAUGGUUGGUGAUACUGUAAUUACUGGUAGUGAUGAUUGGACAGCAAGAUUGUGGUCUGUUUCCCGAGGAAUAUGUGAUGCUGUCUUAGCAUGCCAUGCCGGGCCAAUAUUAUGUGUCGAAUAUUCUGCUUUAGACAGAGGAAUUAUAACAGGGUCAACUGACGGCCUGCUACGGUUUUGGGAAAAUGAUGACGGGGGUAUAAGGUGUGCAAAAAAUGUUACAAUUCACAAUGCUGCCAUAUUAUCUAUCAAUGCUGGGGAGCACUGGUUAGGCAUUGGAGCAGCGGACAAUUCGAUGUCACUUUUCCAUCGGCCUCAAGAGAGACUUGGUGGUUUUUCUGGUACUGGGUCCAAAAUGGCUGGCUGGCAGGUUUACAGAACACCUCAAAAAACAGUUGCUAUGGUAAGAUGUAUUGCUUCAGAUCUGGAGAGGAAAAGGAUAUGCAGUGGUGGCCGUAAUGGGCUUCUAAGGCUGUGGGAUGCAACCAUUAAUAUUUGAGCUUGGUUGAUAAAAGCAUAUUCACGUUUAUGAAAAUUAAAUAGGUGAGAAACAUGGUACUUCGUAAACACGGGGACGCCCCCAAUAUUUUUGCUUGCUUAACGAGUAUAUAAUGUACAAGGUAAUACCCGAUGAGUCCAAAAGAGGAACCAAGUUUGGUUGUCUGUUAUCUGUGUUUAGAGGUAGGUUGCUUUAUGCCUGAUUGCCUGUAUCAUGAAUGUACAAAAAACAAAUUUAUUAGUGGGGAUAAAUUUAGUUAAGUUGUAUAGAAUCUAGCUGCAAUUGAUUUUGCAUAGGAACAUUAUGUUUACCUACAUAGCAAGAUUCAUAAAUUUGGAAAUUAUUCAAAGAAAAUUACCUAUUAAACACAUCCAACCUUUGGAAAUUGGCAGCUACCUGGGUUUCCGUUGCUAGAGUCUGACUUUAUCGUUGUUGCCGGAUUCUGGUUGGUCUAUCAUAUGCUACUGGUCGUAAAUAACGAAAUACUGAAUAUUUUUCAAUUUUCAUA